AUGCAAGGUUUGAUGAGUUACGGGAUCAACCCAAUUCGUGUUACUCCCAUUACAAAGCAACGAUCUCGUUUUCUCGUUCAAUCAGAACCGAAUCUGACAAAGGGUGUUCGUGGAUUUCAAAUUGGGGGUGUGAAUAAGAAGAAGCGGUUUUCGACUUUGAUUAUGGCUGCUGCUGUUGGAAAUUCCAACACUCUUCCUUCCAAAGAAAUUCUGGAGCUGUGGAAGAAUGGUGAUGCAGUGUGUUUUGAUGUGGAUAGCACUGUGUGCUUAGAUGAAGGAAUUGACGAGCUUGCUGAGUUUUGUGGGGCUGGAAAGGCUGUUGCAGAAUGGACAGCUAGAGCGAUGGGUGGUUCUGUUCCUUUCGAAGAAGCCUUGGCUGCUAGGUUAUCUUUGUUCAAUCCCUCUUUGUCUCAAGUUCAGAAUUUUCUUGAGCUAAGGCCACCGAGGCUUUCUCCUGGCAUUGUAGAGUUAAUUCAGAAACUAAAAGCUAAUCGCAAGCAUGUUUAUCUGAUCUCCGGGGGCUUUCGUCAAAUGAUCAAUCCUGUUGCAUCUAUACUCGGGAUUCCAAAAGAGAACAUUUUUGCGAAUCAACUACUUUUCGGAAGCUCUGGACAGUUUCUGGGAUUUGAUGAAAAUGAGCAUACAUCAAGGAGUGGAGGAAAAGCCACUGCAGUUCAAGAAAUCAAGAAGAAUCAUGGAUACAAAGCAUUAACUAUGAUCGGGGAUGGUGCUACUGAUUUCGAGGCUCGUGGACCAGGUGGUGCCGACUUGUUCGUUUGCUACGCUGGUGUUCAACUUCGACAAGCCGUUGCUGCAAAAGCUGAUUGGCUAGUUUUCAACUUUCAAGACCUUAUAAAUUCAUUAGGGUAA